UGUACAUUCUGCUGCGACUUGUGGUCAAAUCUCCUCGACAAACUGCGGUCUUGCAGAUUAUUCGGGCCCAACUAUCUUGAUUGAGACGAUCAGUGUAGAAAUAUAAACUCUAUUUCAUCAACUAUGGGAGUUCCUACUGAUACUUUACGAGGGAGAAGCGAUGACAAAUCAGUGAGAGCUUGUAGCAGUGGAUUUGAUUCUUCAGAUGAUGAUGAAGAAGCUGUUGAUAAAUCACCAUUUCAGAUUGAUUGGUUAGAUUUAUCCGAGUAUGGAAUAUCAGAAAAGCUUGGCAUUAGUGGUCUUCCAGGCUGUAGAUUUGAUGAUAUAUGGAGGAGCUUGGAGAGUGAUAUCAAUGGUCUGAUAUCACAAGGUGUGGAGGACGUCUUUGUGCUGUGUACGAGAGGAGAACUCAACAAGUACCGGGUGCGUGGUCUGAUGCAGGAGUACACUACGGCAGGGUUGAACGUCCACCAUUACCCCUUCCCGUCUGGUCUGGUCCCGUCUCCGGCGAACUGCAUGAAGAUGCUGGAGGAGAUACGGAUCAACCUCAAUGCUGGAACAGGCACGUUGGUGCAUUGCUUUGGCGGGAUCGGCCGGUCGUCUCUCAUCGCUGCCUGCCUGCUGCUGAGGGUCGAUGACUACAUAGAGUAGAAAGAUACAAUCAACAAGAUUCGCCAGAUCAAAGGUUCACGGGCUAUUCAGACAGUCAAGCAAUACAACUUUGUGAGCGACUUCCGAAAGAUGAGAGAAGAAUAUGAAGCUACAAGAUCAAAUAGGCGGUCAGUAUCUCGCUAAAUACUUUCUUCUGCAAGCUGAUUGAUAUGAAGCCUACCGGAGGGAUUGGUGCAUUCUUUUCCUUUAUAUUUCUUUGUCACUUAUUGGCAGCAAACCAGACGUGGGGCCUGUAGGAAAGGCCCCACGUCUAUCAUUACAUAUAUGUCAGAAACCAAGGGACUAGUAAAAUAAGAAAGAGAGACUAAUCAUUCAAACCCAGGUGGACGAGCCAGCCACAGAACAUUAAGGAACCUGACUUGGAUAUCUUUGUAACCAUAACUGGGUGAUUUCAAUGCAGUGUUGACGUUUUAGUGUUGGUGUUAGGUCAGUUUUUACAGGAGUAUAACAUAGAAUGAAGAUGGUCCUGUAAAGGAACUCACUAGGUGUUGAGCUGUCAGUUUUGUAUUACUUGUGUAAACGGAGAUUAGGUUUCGGAGCCUGGGAAUUUUGCUUCCAUCACCAGCAUCGGUCUUAAAAUCACUCUUUGUUCCUUGCUUGAUUCCGCUUUUUGAGAGGAAGAAGCCAAUCAAAGAGCGAUGAAACAAUGAAUCCCAUAAUGCAGUACUACAGUGAAUGUCAAAGUAACCAGUCUGAUGAUGUCGUCAGCAUCGACGGUGCAGAUUGGCGCAUCUGCAUGCUCAUGAAUAAUACAUAACUUUAUGUCUCUGCAAGAAUCCAAAAGGCCUCGCGACUGAAGUCACCAAAGUUCAACCGGGUCUCGCAACUCUCUUCUACCGCUAUUCUCAUUUAAGCCACUAUUUGACAAAUUAUAUAGCCAAGUCACAAGGCCUUGUCAACAGGAUAGUGAUGAUGGGGAAAAUGGAAAUGAGGCAUUUUCCAUUUUUUUUUUCCAAAACAGAAGAGGAGACAUAUAAUAUAAUAAUAAUGUAUGGGAUUUGUAAUGCGCCAAAUCCACUCGGCAGAGUGCCCAACGUAUAAAUUUGUCCUGGGAAUGUCUUGUUCUCACCAUUGUAUAUCUUAAAAUCAUGUAUUUUAAUUGCAAUAAUAAUAAUAUUGGAAAAAAUCUUGUCUUAUUUGAAAAAUGCAUGUAUAGUCUCCAAGUUACAAGCCAUUUCUAUUACAACUUAAACAUGUAGAUCUAAAUAAAGUCCAAGCGAAUUAAUAAACUAACUUCUGAAGCUCUCUCCCUGGCAUAAAAUGAUUCUUCACAUAUGCUUUGCAGUAGACUUUAGACCUUUUAUUUUGCAUAAAGCCUCAAUGACAAAUUGAUAUUUUAUUGUAUAUAUUUUUUACAGGAAAAUUCAAUAAGAAAUCAAAUAUGUAAAGUGUACAGACAAAUUAUAUUUAGUGUCUAUUUUAUGUAUAUAUAUCAACACAUUAUGAUUUUUAGGAUGGGAUUGGUAAUACAGACAGAAUAUAUGAUAAGGAUCACAGGUACAUGUAUUUCAUGCUUGCUUAUAAAAGGGUGUACACUAUAUAAUCUAAAUUAGCCCUGGCCUAUUUUCACCUCUUGUUAUAAAUCUUAUAAAUUAUGAUGUGGAGAAAUCACAGCAUCUUAAUUUUGCCCUUUUCUUACAACUCACAAGCACAAUUUUUUUGUGCUAAGAAAGACGUAAGGGUGUACAUGUACAUUCCUUUGUGAGGUCUUAAUCAAAGCUACUUUAAUCUUCAAUCAUAUUGUUACUUUUCUAAUACGGCACUGUAUCAUUUCGACCUGGGUUCAUCCUUAUGAUUCCUCUAUUUUGAUACUGAAUUAUAUUAAAGUGAUUGGUUAACAUUGG